CCCGAAUCUGCCCUGAGGCGGAAAGGUUUGGUAUGACUGCAGGGAUAUACGUCCGAAUUAUAUUGAAGCCACACUCAUACAUAGUAGGAGGUAUUUGCACAGUUGAGCCGGAGAUCUGACGCAUAAUAUAUGUGCUACUUCUCCUCCAACCCAAAUUUCCUUCAUACUUUGUGCCCAAUAAUGCAACAAGUUGUUCCAUUAGUCCAAUCCGCCUAUGGCAUUUUUCUCAUUUGGCCGCCCAAAAAAAAGACCACCACCCGAAAAGUUUUGAGAAAAAGACAGGAAAACCUCCAUCCAUCCCAGCUUCGUACGGGUUGGGGAAAAGGAGAAAAUACAAAUAAAAAGCAAAUAGCAAUACAUCAUCACCAAUGCUUUGCUUUGCUUUGCUUAUUUGCUCGCUGCCUUGAAAAUGAGACAAAGUCUAUCCCACUUAGUAGAAAAUCUUCAAAUUUGCCGCCCCCAACAACUGGAUCAGACGCUACCGUAUCGCGCCUGGAAACGCAAAGACGAUGCCUCCCCUUCGCCCAAUGGCCCCUAUAUUGUCGACCAAGACGGUAUAUCAUCAUAAGAAGUCAUGAAUCAUUUCAUUCCCACGUAUUAGUGAUCUUGUACAUAUUUUUUUUUCUCUUUUUUUUUUUUUUUUUUUUUUCGGAGAACAUAUCAUUUUGGGGGGAAACCCGGGGCAUUGCCCAAAUGGCCCUGAGGGCAAGUCUCGCUCGCUGAAAAGCUUCGAGAGUAAAACGUUAUUAACCCAUCGGCUAAAAUUCCAAUGGGGGGUGUUCUGUCCAGGCAAUCCAUCGCGGCUGCGUCCUUAAGAAUCUUCGCAACCUGAAUACCGGCACUAAUUAGUUGCAGGAUGUUC